CUUCCAUCCUUUACGUAACUGUCAGACAGCCUGGGAGUGGCAGGAAGGAGGAGAGGCAGAAGCGGAGAAAGAAGGAGGAGAGGCAGAAGCGGAGAAAGAGAUCAAGCAGCUGUUAGCAAUUCCGGAUUUGGCUAACUAUCCACACAGCAUCCUUCCAUUUAGCAGCAUGGCCGAGGGUUCGGUGUCUCUAGAAGAGGUCAAGACUUCCUUCCAGAAGUUUGCAGUCCACGGAGACACAAAAGCUACAGGGAAGGAGAUGAACGGCAAGAAUUUUGCAAAGCUCUGCAAAGACUGUAACAUCACUGAUGGGAAGAAUGUGACAACCACAGAUGUGGACAUCGUUUUUAGCAAAGUCAAGGCAAAGUCAGCUCGUGUAAUCACAUUUGAGCAGUUUAACCAGGCCCUGACAGAGUUGGCUCCCAAACGUUUUAAAGGCAAGAACAAGGAAGAGUCACUUCAGCAGCUUUAUGGUCUCGUUGUUGGUAAAGAACCUGCCAACAUUGGUGUUACUAAAGCUACCAAGGCAGCAGCAGUGGACAGAUUGACUGACACCUCCAAGUACACUGGUUCACACAAGGAGCGGUUUGAUGACACAGGAAAAGGCAAAGGAAAGGCUGGGCGUGAAGACAUCCCAGACACCAGUGGUUAUGUGGCAGCUUACAAGGGCAGCGGCACUUACGAAGACAAAGUGAAAGAGGCAUAACACUGCUAGCCAUUAUUGUGUUUCACCAAUAACUUAGAUAGGGGUACUAAACAGAAGUUAAUGCCUGUUUUAUUUAGUUAAACAAAACAAAGUGGGAAUUUCAUGAUGUAUACAGCAUGUACAAGUAAAAGUGUUCUGUGUAUUUUCUGCUGGAACCAAAAAAGAAACUACAUGCUUCAUAUUGUUACUCUGCUUUGCUAUACACUGUGCCUUACUAAACAUAUAGCCGUUAGUGUGAAUACUAUGAUACAUUGCUAUGCUCUGUUAAUCAUAAUGCAAAGGAUAAAAACAUAGCUGGUAUCAAGAAUGGCGCUAUCUCAGUAGCUUUUCAUUUUAUAUUUCAGUGCCUUUGUUACAUGACCAAUCAGUGCCCAUUAUUUUCAUCAUAGUUUCAUAGUAUGAAAUUAAUAGUUUUUAACAGUUUAUUUAGAAAAAUGCAAUAAGCAUGAAAGAACACAGUGCAACACUCUUUGAUUAUUAAUAAAAACAAAAAAACAAAAAACACCAAGCAGCGAAGAACAAAGAGUUAGAUUCUGGUACUGAUGAAGCUAAACAUAUGAAUUACUUAAACUGUUUUUUUUAAACUUUCUUUGUAAUCAUAAUGGGACCUUAAAUCCUCCUAUUACAUCUCUUUUCACUAUGUUUUGUCUUUUUAAGUUUAAUGAAUAAAGAAUGCCCAUUUUCACCAUGAAUGGAAAUGUAAUUUAAAAGAUGUGAUUGCAAAUAUCUAAAUAAAUAUCUAAAAUGCAAAAUUUGAUCAUACAUGGGAAAAUAGUUCCUUGUUUUACAUGUCCUGUAAUGUAACAUUAGAAAACAAACAAACGAAAAGUCUGUAGGAUCCUUUAAAUCACAAUUGGAACAUAUAGUACUCAGGAAGUUAUAAUACGUACACUACAAAUGCAAUAUAAGUGAUAUGUAAAAUAUGUAUAUUUUACAGCAUGUUUCUAGAAGAGUAUGCCUGUGUGUUAAAUAAAAGCAAU